UCUAUUCGUUUAUUUAUAAACACAACAUAUUUACACGUCAAACAGUUCAAUUAAUCGCUUUACAUUAUACAUAUAUCACUUUAUCUUAAGAUAAUUACAUUGGUAGAAAUACACUUAGGUUAAUUUAUUUUCAAAAUAAGCCCACCAAAAAAUAGGAGGUUGUCAAUAAUAAAUAACUAUCCACCUAAGCACAUUUAGUUUUAUUAAUGAUAAGAGUUACAUUAUACAUUUAUAUAUAUUCUUAUUAAUUAUUUAUUAUUGGUAUUUGAUGUGUUAGGGUCAACGGGUUGGUCAUUUGGAUAAACUCUGAGACAGUGUAACACGCCAGGUCCAUUAACAUUGUCUUCAGUUUUUUAGAGAAUAUUGCGUUGCUUUUUGCCUCUUUUAUGUUUAGUUUGAUAAAUUAGCAAAGGGCAACUUUUACUUACUACCUGCCUAAUAUAACUCAUUGACAAACAAAACAUACGCUGUUCCAAUCUAUCUUGGUAAACACAUAAACUUUCGCAUAGUAUGCCGAUCAGUAAACACGAAGAAGGUAUAAGCUGUGGAAAGCAUUCAAAUGCCUAUUUAUCUUACGCAUAAUGAACUAAGUUUAUGCCAAACUUCAUUCUUCCCCGAUUCCUUCUGGCAUACGUCGUUCAAUAACGACCCUUCAACGAGGUUAUCACUAAGCAAAUACGCCCAUAAAUAUCGUAACCUAGCAACCGUCUAGCAGUUUUGUCAAUAUCUACCGCUGUCACAACAAACAAUAUUUUUUGUACUUUCCGCAUUACAAUAGUGAAUUAUGGCACCGAAAAAAGACAAAGGAAAACCUGAAGCAGGGCCAGCAGUGAGGCCAGGUGCGUUUACCGAAGUUGAGAAAACGUUCUUAGAGCUCCAAUUAGCUGAGGCUAAUAGAAAAGUUGCUAGGCUCCGAUCAGCAGUAGAUGAGUAUGAACUUCGGAAUGAAGAGCUGCAAAAAGCUUACGACAAAUUGGACGAAGACAGAGCCGAUAUCAUAGCAUACUUGAAGAAAACUUUGAACAAUAAAAAUGAAGAAAAUAUUGAGCUUAAAGACAAAGUUAAAGGCUUGGAGGAAACUAGGGAAAUGGAAACAGCGCAGUUUAAGGAGACUGUCGCAGAACUAGAGAGGAACUUCACUAUUAUGAAGGAUCAGCUGACGUCAGAAAAUAAGCUUUUAGCUGGUAAACUUAACACGCUGGAGGAAUUCAGAGCUAUAAGAGAUGAUUUAAUGAGGAAGUAUGAGAAACAAGAACAAGAUUUCAAAGACCAGGAGAUGAAGUAUAAGAGAAUAAUAUAUGACGCUGAAAAGAAGUUCGUAGUUGGGAAAGAUAAGUUGAAGAAGGAAAUGGAAGGGCGACUUCUACAACUGGCGCAAGAUUUCCAAGAUGCUACAGAGCUGAGAAUCGCAGCAUCCACGCACAGAGUCAUCAGAGAAAAUAUAGCUAUUAAUAAUGAAUUGGACAACAUAUUGGCAACUCAAACUAAACUUGCUGAGCAGAAUGAAAACUACAAGAAAAGUGAGCAAGCUGCUCGUGUAGCUAUGGAGCUUGCUGAGGAAGAGCGAGACAAAGCUAUUAACAAAAGUGUCGUACAACUGAAAGUAAUCGAUCAACUUACUACAGCAUUCCAAAAUAUGCAGAAAGACAAGGCGCUAAUGGAGAAACGUAACUUCGAUCUGAAUUCAUUGCAGACAAAAAUACAACAACUGACGAAAGAAAAUGAGAGCUUAUCAUUACAAGUUAGAAUACUAGAACAAAACUUACAUGGAAAAUUAAAUGAGCAAAAUAAAUCUCUCGUAGAAGCGUCAAAGAUUGCCAAAGAGUCUAAGAAAAUGAAGAACAUUUUGAGGGAAGCGGCAAUAGCUAUACAAGCGGCUCUUAAAUUAGACCAGUGGGCUGUCACAGACACCACUAGAGAGAUUAUGGAUCGACAAGUACUGCUGUCGCGCCUUCUGGACAUCGUGACUCAAUAUCGUGACGCAUUGCGAGCUGAAUCUAUGGACUCGCUAGCAUCCCUCGGAAAGGUAUACGAAGAGGGAGACCUCGGUUUCGUACCAAAACGAGUAGCAAAGAAAUCAGUAACAUCUAUACCGAGUACGGCAUCUAAAACUUCACGCGGAUCUCCUAAACGCGCUUCAGUGACACCUUCAGUUUCAACGUCAACUCUUGGAAGUGUCAAGACUGUUCCAAGUAUACAGAUUAUACCGUUCUCUUCUGAUGUUGACCUUCCAGCCAAGGAAAGCGCUAUGUCCUUCGCGACUUCAACUAAAUCUAGCGAGUCCAGUGAGAGCGAAGAGGAAUCUGUUGACGAAGCUACUGAUAUGGAGAAAAUGUUAGAGCAGAGUAAACUAGAGAUACAGAAGUCUAUUUUGAAAGAUCUGGCUUACUCUCAAUCUCAGAUGAGAUCUCAAAUGUUAAAGUCCAAGACAGUCGUGAUUCAGGAAGACGUGGAGACAGAACAUAUCGAAGGGGAGGGAGUGGAAGGAGAGGGGGUAGAGGGAGAAGGGGAAGGGGAGCAUGUGAAAGGGGAAACGGUAGAAGGCGAGGAAUCGGAAGCUAAGACGGUUGAUGGAGAUGGAGAUGAAACAAAGGAGGAGAAAAAGGAAGAAUAAUGGAUUUUUUUAUUAGAGUGUGUUCGACAUGAAACGUAUUUUUGUAAAAGUAAUGUUUACAUGAAUUCAUACAAAUAAAUUUUGUUAGAACAAUGUUAAGGUUAAUUCAUUGGUCAGCCAUCAUCAUUGGUGGCAAAUUUAAAACCCUUCUUUAAAGUCAUGAAGGUUAGUGACACAAACCCUAUAACACUUAUAAACGUUGUUCUUAUCAAUUUCAUCGGUACUGCAUAUUUCAUAAUGUAUCUUAAAGGAUUGUUUUAUAGAAUGCAAGCAGUCUGAAAGUGUUCUUAAAAUAACUCGUGCGAUGCCAAUUUCUCUGUACCGUACUGGCUUACCAGUUGCCGAUUCACACUGUACAUACUCACUUUUUUCUUACAAAUAAGUUAUAAAUCAAUUAUUUUGUUU